GAGUGACAUGGCCUCACAAGAACACUUCUUUCUCCAUGAUACAUCCAUUGCAACUCGAUCUCUUCCGAGUAUAAGCGCUUGUGCUACCUCUGUCCAGCCAAGUGCAUGCUUCUUCCUCUCCUCCAGUAUUUAGGCCGCUUGAACAAUGCACUGAUCCUAGCCAGAUAACUGAAGAUUAUAUUUAUUAAUUUAUUUUAAUUAUUAUAAAUCAGUCCAUAUUUAUAUAUCGUCCAUGGAGUCCUUCGGCGGCGGCGGCGGCCAGCGGCCGCGGACGUCGGCGUCCUCGCGACGCCCCUUUGCGUCGGUGGCCUCCCGCGCCGGCUCCGGCGCCUUCGUGUACGACGGCAUGCGCGCCACGCCGCUCUCCACGUCCACCGCCAACUUCACGCGCUCCCUCCGCAAGGCGGCCUCCUUCGUUCACAAGAAACCGCCCCCCAGCGGCGACGCCGCGGCACCGCGGCGCACACUGAGCUGCAAGGAGAACAGCAGUGCCGGCGCGGACGCCCUCCUGGCGUCGCCGCCCCGGUCGAUGCCCGAGCCUGGUGUCGCCGCGAGGGGCCCUUGGGAGCCGACGAGGCGGAGGCGGAGCACCGUGUCGGAGGACGCGGCGGGCGCCGGGAGGGGGCCGGCGGGCGCGCUGCGGGAGAUGAUGGUGGCGCGCCGGAAGGAGGAGCCGGAGAAGGAGGAGGCCGCGCACCGCGCGCGCGUGCUGACGGCGCGGCUGCUGCAGUGGCGGUUCGCCAACGCCCGCAUGGAGAAGGCCAUGGCCCGCGCCACCUCCGCCGCCGAGAACAAGCUGUUCUACACGUGGCUGCGCGUGGCGGAGCUGCGCAACAUCCAGGCGGCGAAGCGGAUCGUGGCGCAGCGGCGGCGGCAGAAGUUGAAGCUGGCCAGGCUACUGCGCCCGCAGCUCCCCCUUCUGGCCUCGUGGGAGUCCCUCGCGAAGCCGCACGCUGACGCCGCCGCCGACCUCGGCCGCGUCCUCUCCGCCGCCUGCACCAACCUCCCCUUAGCCGCCGGCGCACAGGCCGACCUGGAGUCAUUGCACGAAACCAUGUUCUCCUGCGUGGGCACCGUGAACGAGAUCGAAGCCAUUGCUGACAUGUUCUACGCCACGGCCGGUGCGACGUGCAGCGCGCUGGGCGAGCUUGCGCGGACGAUCCAGCAGGAGCAGGAGUGCCUCGAGGAAGCCACGCGGCUGGCAAGCAUCGUCACCGCUUUGCAGAUGCAGGAGGUGAGCCUCCGGGCGAAUUUGAUCCAGGCGAAGCAGAGGUUUGACCUGCGGCUGGGAGGAGUCGUCGUCCCAACGCUUGCAACUUCUGGUUGGUGUUUUUGAUUAUUAGACCAGACGAGACAAGGGCAGAGUACAACUACUCACACCCACUAUAAAUUAAGAAAUCGAUUAAGAUGCAGGACUUGUGUUCAUCGCGUGAAGGGAGAUCGACCGAUUCGACGUGCGCUUAGUGUGUUCGUGUCUGAAAUAAGUUAAGUGUAGCUGAUGAUCAAGAGAGGAGCACCGUUCUUGAGUACCCGGCCGGCUGGUUGUGCGCUAUUCUAUUACGCGUGAGGUGUUUAUUUUCCUUGAGGAAAAGACUUUGUGAUUUAUUUGUGUGCGGGCAUAUUUAUGAGUGUGAUUUGAGUUAUUCAUGGGUAUGUAUUUUCAAAUUUGUAAUGUCUCUGAGUUAUGCAAGGGCUGUACAUUUAUACAUUGCAGUUGGGACAA